AUGACAGAUGCACAAAGAAAAUACCCAGUAAUUGCUGCCCGAGAAAGAGGGCCUGGACCAGGUAGAUACAGCUUACCCCCUACAAUGGGAAUUGUGGGUCAUGACCUCACCAAGAUUGCUGGACCAGCUUACACCUUUCAUGGGCACGCAAGCAAUUCAAUGUACUUUGUGGACUCAAGUCCAGGGCCACAAUACUACAUUGAUGCAAAGAUGACCCGCUUUGGGAGAGAUGGCACGCCAGCUUUCACCAUGUUAGGAAGAAGAAAAGACUCAAGUAUAUUGAAGACCCCUGGACCUGGAGAUUACAGCCCAGAAGUUGCACCACCUUUGAACAGACAAAGACAACCUCCAUCUUACACGAUGGGAUCCCGUACCAGGUAUCGCACUGUGGAUUCAGUACCAGCACCAAACAAGUAUAGCCUGCCUAGCUUGCUAGGGUCCAGAGUGCCCAUUAAGCCUUCCAGUGCCAGCUAUACCCUUUCUGGACGUACUAAGGUGGGUAGCCCAUCUGAAGACCUUUCAGGGACUCCAGGACCUGGGAGAUACAACAGUACAGACCCAAGCAUCUACCUAACAAGAAAGCCAGCAUAUUCAAUGCUUGGACGUUACAAUCUACCAACAGACUCCACCAAAAAACCUGGACCAGGCACACAUUGCCCAGAAAAAGUGACUGUACACAAACCUAAGCCCCCUGCUUAUUCACUAGGCAUUCGACAUUCUGAAUAUGUAACCCCACUCAUCACAGAUGUUUCAGAUUAAAGAAUAACAAAGCUCUGCUGCAGUAAUCUUAAUAUUACUCCUAAAGCCAGAUUAACAGCUACAGAUGUUGUGCAGUUAAAAAAACAAGAAGCCUGUAAAUAGGCACAAAGCAACUCCAAUGUUUUGUCUUGUUAAUCAAAUUAUUUUUAAUGAACAAGAAUAUAAACACAUUUCUAGAAAACUAAGCAAUAUAUUAUGAAAGUAACAUCAUUAAAAUCCAACUCUAAAGUUCUUCCAAUAAAAUUCUUAAAUUUUAUUUCUGUGUGUGUUAUUAAUUCACUUUUUAAAUGAAAUACCAUGGAUUAUUGUACUUCUACAAGGAAAAGUCCUUCACUAUCAAAAGUAUUUCUUUGUCUAAACUUCUGAUUUAGGCCAGAGCAGAACGUUUACUUUCACAUGUAAACGUUUAUGGUAUUGUUUAACUUUGAAUCCAUCUGUAGUUAUCAAUAUUUUGGGGGAUUCAUUAGUUUGCUUGCUUAAUUAUUUUUUCAUGUUCAAGUAUGAAACCUAGUAGAUAUGUUCUUUCUUGCUUACAAAAUUGCACUUCAAUACAUUGAAGACUUUAAUUUAUCUAGUCAGUUAUAAACAACAUUAAUCACUACUAGUUAAUGAAAAAGCAAACAAUCACUGAAGACCAAAUCUGCUUUGAACAAACUAAAUUAUGAAGAGUCUUAAACACUGAAAAAAUUAAAGAGGUACCAAGCAGAAAGUUCCAUACAAGUGACAUAAGCCCAUCCAUCUUGAGAAAAUACAAAUUGACCUGUGCAAAAGAAAAUUCUUGUGUUAUAAUAAUGCUCAUACAUAAAAAAUGCUACAUGCAAAUAUGUUUUUCAUUUUAUAUACAAACAACAAUGACCCAUUAAACAAACUAUUGAAAAUAUUUUAUUUUUGUCUAAUUUUCCACAUAAUAUAUAUUUUCAUAAAAUAUACAAGCAUCAUUGACUUUGCCAGUCAAGACAAGCUUAAUUUAAGUCUUUUUAUUGCAAUAGUUAACUAGACACUCAUUAUCUACAAUGGCAUUUUCUUAACAACCCUCAAGAAAAGAU